ACUAGUUAAGCUACAACUACAACAAUUGUUGAAGCGUAGCUCUGUUCACGCCCCGUUUAUUAAUUUAGCAUUUGUUGUUUGCAGUUCGUUUUUGGUCUGCUUUUAAUUGAGCAAUGGGGCAUCGAAUGGGGAAUUGGAAAAUUUGCAGAAAUAUUUUAGGCAUUUUGGGUUUCGUACACUUUUUCUAGCCUAUUUAACCUCCAGAAAGCAAAAAUAUUCAAAUAGAUUGUUCAACUAUAAAUAAGCCAUGCAUUGUUGUUUAGCCAACACAGUUCCCAAACAGUUUUACCCCAAGCAACAAGCCAACUACUCAGUUGUCCCAAUAAACAUGAAUCCAGCUUUGACUUUAGUAUGCUGCGCUCUGCUUGGAGUAGCGGCCGCCAGUUAUAUUCCUCAUGGACAUCAGAGCCAUGACAAUGCUCACGGCUUGAGCUAUAGCAUACAAGCCCAUCACGAAGCUCCAGCCCACAAGUCUUGGCAUCAUGAGCAACCUCAGCAACAUUGGGCAGCUGCACCUCAGCAACAUUGGGCACCCGCCCCACACCAACACUGGGCAACUGUGCCGCAACAUGUGGAGCACCAGCAGCAUCAUGAUGAACAUCAUCAUCAUCAUCCCAAGUACGAGUUUAGCUAUGGCGUCAAGGACACUAAGACAGGCGACAUCAAGCAGCAGUGGGAAACACGCGAUGGCGACAAGGUUAAGGGCGGCUACACUAUGAAGGAAGCUGAUGGCCGCACUCGCGUCGUGGAGUACACAGCUGAUGCCCACAAUGGCUUCCAGGCAACGGUUAAGCAUAUUGGCCAUGCUGAUCAUCAGACAGUGCACAAGAGCUAUCAUCAGGGCCAUCAUGGACAUGGACAUGAGCAGGCCAGCAGCUAUGUGGAUGUCAAGCAGGGUACGGACAGCAAAUGGUGGUAA